AAUUGACACCAGACGCGCCACACCAAAGAAAAGCUCGAAAAGCACGGAUAGACUUGAAGACAUGGAUGAACUUGAUACACUUGCAAGCCAUCAGCUUCGGCAUCAAGCAGGAUUUGCCGUGAAAGUCCUCGAACGUCUGGCCAACUGCGACUAUGACCUUGGACUCCCUGAUACCCCAUCGGAUCUCUCUAUCGACAAGCUACGUUCGAAGGAAUAUCUCUUAAUUGAGUUGCACUCUGCUCUCCUCCCUCUACUACGCCAGCACAUCACCAGUCUUUCGCCAGCUCUGCGCGAGUUAAAUCAAGCCCAGGGAAAGCCGACCCCCACCCUGAAGCUCGUGAUAGAGAUCCUACUGAAACUUGAGCUUACGUUGGAUCAAACAAUUCGCACCCUCAAUGAUCUCAUUCCGGGAAAACUGCCAAAACCAAGCCAAACAAAUGACCAGCAUUUCAAAGAAUUCAAGUGUUUUAGACUUCGCGGCUUCGAACGCUUUAUCAAACGAGUGAUGCAAGCUCAACUUGCUACCUUUUUUUCGAAAUCCCGUCAGCUCAUAGAAACAUUCACGCUCCCAGACCAAAGCCGAACUCCCGUUACAACUUCAUCUACCAAAGCCAUCCUUUCAAUCGACUUCACUAUCGUGUGGUUAAAAGGAUCUGAAUUAUAUCUCAUCUAUACUAAUACUUGGGUGUUCAGCCUGGAAAAAAUUGAUACCACAUGGGAUACCCUCUUGGCUGUGGCCGAUCCCUCGCACCCAAGACAUAUUGAACUCUCUCGGUCGUUUAAACCUAUGGUCAAACUAUCCAAGUUGUUUUUCAAAAAAAUUGCAACCGAGGGAAUGACCAAUAACAUGGCACCUAUUUUCACAGAAAUGUCUUCUUUUCAACUUGACUUAUUAGGAACAACAGCCGAGAAAAUCACAGAAUCACUUGUUGCCUUAGUGUCUUCAUUAGAACACGAUGACGAAACCCAGCCAAAUUUUACUACUACCUUAAUUGACCAUGUUAAGAACCUUAUAUCUCAAUUUCAAACUUGUGUGUUACUCACAGACCUUUACAUUUUCCCUUUACUCACCAAGAUCAAAGAUGUUCUAUCACAAAUUUACUACAAAAAUUGGAUUGUUACCUGGAACACUUUGUUCUAUCAAGCUACUCAUAAUGCCAUUCAAGCUUGUGAAGCAUUUCAGAUACGAUAA